UUGUGACGUGAUGAUGUCAUGCGGCCUGGGUUAGAGAAGAGGAAGCAGAAAAAACAACAACAAGCCUGUUGAGUCAGUGACAGAUAGAAGACACACUGUGGUGACCAGUCCAGACUACUAGUCACAAAAUCAAUCCUUGCUGUCGUCCCGAGGGCAAAAUGUCUUUGUUUGGGAAGUUAUUUGGUAGCAGUGGAAAAGGGGGUAAAUCCCCAAGCCCUCAAGAGGCUAUCCAGCGACUGCGAGAAACAGAAGAAAUGUUGACCAAGAAACAGGAAUUCCUGGAGAAAAAGAUCGAUCAGGAGCUUGUUACGGCCAAGAGGAACGGAACGAAGAACAAAAGAGCUGCAUUACAGGCACUGAAGCGUAAGAAGCGCUACGAGAAGCAGUUAGCCCAGAUUGAUGGCACCCUUUCUACCAUUGAGUUCCAGCGGGAGGCGCUAGAGAACGCCCACACCAACACCGAGGUCAUCAAGAAUAUGGGCUUUGCUGCCAAGGCCAUGAAGGCUGCCCAUGACAACAUGGACAUCGACAAAGUGGACGAACUUAUGCAGGACAUCACAGAACAACAGGAGCUGGCACAAGAAAUUUCAGACGCAAUCUCAAAGCCUGUUGGAUUUGGGGAGGAAUUUGAUGAAGAUGAGCUGUUAGCUGAACUGGAAGAGCUGGAGCAGGAAGAGUUGGAUAAGAACCUUCUGGAGAUCGGAGACAAUGUACCAUUGCCAAACGUGCCCUCUACAUCCUUACCUUCCAGACCAGCAAAGAAGAAAGAAGAAGAGGAUGAGGAUGACAUGAAAGACCUGGAGGCAUGGGCUGCCAAUUAAUGCUUGUUCUGCUCCGCCGAAACCCAUACACACUAUACAAGGCAUAAGCUCACUCCGAUACCAGUUACUAAAGGACCUGGAAGGACUCUUCAGUAUGUUACAGUAUGUUGUUUUUGUGUUUAAAAUAGGUUAAUAUAUAAACACACACGAGAGGAAAACAAAAACAUUAAAGCAACUGCGCAAAAAAAGUACAAAUCUCCACCAGGCUUACAGUCGACACACUCAUCUAAGCAAGUCUGAGAUUUCUGCUCGUUUCUCCUCAUCUCUGGACUGUUCUGACAUGAAAAAGGCUUGUUGUAGAUCAGUGUUUGUGUCCGUUACCUGUACUCCUCUCCUAUAUUUUCAGACUUCCAUCUCAAGGAAUCCUCCGCUUGCUCCAUGACAAACCAAUACACACGGAAACCCUUUGCACGCAGGGGAAGGUGUCUGUAACGUUUUACGUCAUGUUUUUUGGAGAGAACGUGGUAUAUUACGAGUAUAUUUCACUAAAACUCAUUGUUCACAUGCACGCAUUCAAGUUCUGUUUAAAGCACUGUAAGCCCUUUUUGAUUCUGUGCAUCGAGCAGUUUAAUAUUCGAUAUUGAUGCAAAUGUAGGAGCUUUCCAUGUACAAGAACCGUACUGCCCACGGGACGUCCUAGAUCAGCACUUAGGCUUUAUGACUACAAGACUUGGUCUCCAUUUUGGGUCUGAGGUGGGCAUGAAGUUGUCGCGAUCCUCCUCUUGAACAUGCAUCUAGUUUGAGUGGUGAGAGGCUUCUACUGUACAUAGCAUCUCUUUAAUGGCAUGUGGUUUACGGUCUCCUGACAGCAUGGGAUUCUUAUAUUGAAUAGGGGUCUUCGCUCAAGAAUCGUGUACUGUAUUUGAGAUAGUUCAGAAAUACUGGCUUGUGACUCCAAGAUAUCUUUACACUAGAAGUGGUUUAUUGAAAUGGGUGUUGUAUCAGGAGGGGGAAAAACGACUUGGCUUGUUGUAGAUUUCAGACGUUUGUCUUAUUUUUGAGGCGUGAAUGCAUUCAAACGAAUUUCUACCAAGGACAGACAGCACAGAUUAAUGUAAUAUCAUGCUAUAUUUUACAAAGUGCACUAUUAUGAUGUUCUGGUACAGUAUUUUUUUUUCCCCCCCCUCUCCUGAGAAUCUAUAAAAAACAUUUAUUUAUCAGAUUCUAAAGGUUUCAUUGACAUUUGUUUAUUGUUUGUUUGUCUUUUCGACACUCGUUUAUUGUCCAUUGCCUUUCAACCUUACACCUACAUUAAAGUUUUGCCAAAUUAACACUUCUCUGGAUUUUCAUUUGCCCAUUAGAUGUUCGUUUUCAUUAUUUUCGUGCACUUCAAGGCAUCACUGUUCAGCUUGAAAACAUGUUUUUGACUAUUGAAUAUUGAAAAUGUAUUUGUAGAAAUAGUAUAUCUCCAGACAAGAGGCCUGAGAGUAUAUCUUUUUUAUUUUAAAAUACCCACUGUUCUGUUACAUGCAUACAGUCAGAAAUCUUUUAGAGACAAUAAUGGAAUAUAAUAUAUUAUGGUACUUCUAUGGUACUAUUCUGUUUCUUUCUUGCAGUGGAAAGUAAAAUGAAGAUUUUGAAGCAAUUCAUUUUCGUUUGCCUUGCAUUAGUCUGUAGUAAUGGAAGCUGAUUUGCACAGGAUGUGAAAGACAAGCUUUUAAUACAUUUGUAUGUUUUCCAUUAUAUUGUAGGUGCUGGAUUUGUCAUUGUUAUAUCACUAUCAUUAUAAUCUCAUUUAUUGUUAUUAAAAUAUUUUUACUGAG